UGAGUCUUGCUUCCCCGAGCUGAGUGUAGUGAGAGGUGUCGUUUUUCUCGUCGAGGCGUUGAGAAACGAGACGAUCUUGCGGAGCUCGUCUCUUCGAAAGGUGCCCUCGUUCAGAAACUCGGACAUUCUGAAAUUGUGAUCAAAAUUUGUUUGUAGGACUGAGCUGUACCGAGGCACGAAGAAUGGCGCCUCCUGCUGCUGAGAGUGUCGGGAUAGCGAGCGAGAAGAAGAAUGUCGUUCCGUACAGCGUGAUGAAGCUGUCUGACUCCCAAAUGGACGUGCCGGAGAAAUUCGUGAAAGCUAUGGGAGAGCGACCCACUGUGGCUUACAAUGACUACUGCAAGGAAAUUCCUGUGAUCAGCCUGAAGAAUAUCACCUCCAGCGACGCCGAUCGAGCGCGAAUUGUCGCCGAGAUCGGUCUGGCUUGUGCAGAGUGGGGAAUCUUCCAGGUCGUAGACCACGGAGUUCCGGAAGAGCUCAUGACGAAGAUGGCGGCGAACUCCAUGGAAUUCUUCAAGUUGCCUCUGGAGGAGAAGCUGAAGUAUGCGACGAAGCCCGGCGGCUUUCCUGUCGGUUACGCCAGCGGGAGCCACCGGUCGGACGACGACAUUCUCGACUGGAGAGAACUCAUGGUGCACCGCACUCUGCCCUCGUCUAUCCGAGAGCAGGACAUCAACAUUUGGCCUGAAUCACCCGACACAUACAGGCAAGUACUGGCAGACUACAGCGACAAUGUCGAUACAUUGGUGACGUCUUUGUUGGGACUCAUAUCUGAAAGUCUCGGGCUCCCAACUGAUUACAUUAAGAACGCGGUCGGAGGAGAAAAAACCGAGCAAAAGAUUCUCGCUAACUACUACCCUCAGUGCCCGCAACCCGACCUUACUUUGGGACUUCGCAGCCACACGGAUUACGGCACCAUUACUAUCUUACAGCAAGAGGUUGGAGGUCUCCAGGCUUACAAGGAGGACAGAGACCUUUGGGUAACUGUGGAGCCUAUCCGCGGCGCCUUGGUGGUCAACUUGGGAGACCAAAUUCAGAUCCUGAGCAACGCAAAGUACUGCAGCGUGGAGCACCAGGCUGUCGUCAACUCAAAUGAGACUCGUCUGACCCUCGUCGUCUUUGCCAAUCCUAAUUCAUUGUCGCAAAUGGGUCCUGCUCCGGAACUGCUGAGCGAGGAGAACCCUGCCAAGUAUCGCAGUUACACUUUCAAAGACUAUCUUCCAAUCUGCUAUGCGAAGCAGACGAAGAAACACUACGACGCUCUUGCCAUUUGAGAAAACGUCGUCCGAUUAUGGGAGAAUUCUUGCUCGAACGUCCUGUAUUCACGGAUGAGGACGAUGUCAGCUAGUUCAUACGGUUACCUGUACUUGCUUCUGGUUGUGUAGCUCUGGCAAUAAAAGGUAGAACCUAAGUUGUAACAUGCAAAACGUGGCAUUUCAACCAAAACAGCUGACAGUCGGUAGAUGAAAGUGUGGAGAAUAUGUGAAAAUCUCCAUUAUAGGACUAGUAAAGAAAGUGACACAACCGACCAGCUUGCGCAGACAAUCACAUUAGUUUACAGACAGUACAUUUUUUUUGUAUAAUAGAGAAAGGACCUGUGUGCACGACUUACUAUGUGCACGCCUUGAAACUGAAAUUAAUCGAUUGUGAUCUUUCCUCGCUUGGGACAAAAUAAAGUUAUCGUGAUAUUGAAAUUA